UCAAAUGUUGGUCCUCAGUGUGUCUGCGGGGCCAGAGCGUAAGUGUCAGCUUGACAUGCAAACACCAGGCAGAGAUUUUAGCCGUCAGAGUGGUCUCAACUUCCCAGCAGACAUGGUGGACACCCAGCAGCUCCUAGCCUGGCCUGUUGGAUUCAGUCUGAACGCCGUGGACCUCUCUGAACUGGAAGACAGCUCCCACUCGCUCGACAUGAAGCAUUUGUCCACAUUAGACUACACCUCCAUCUCCUCUGCCACCAUCCCUUCUCCUCUGUCUCCCCCACUCAUAUCCUCCAUCUCUUCCAUUGGUUUGGCGUACGACCCCAGUCUACCGCAGAGUGAAGAGCACCUGACGCACAUGGACUACACAAACCUGCACAGCUACAGGACAGAGCCCUGCACACCCAUAUCCGAUUCAAUCAAGCUGGAGCCCGAGUCUCCACCUCAGUAUUCUGACAGUCUCGUCUUCUCAAAGCUCCAAGACGACACAUCAGCGACGUCACUAAACAUCGAGUGCCGCGUGUGUGGGGACAAAGCCUCUGGGUUUCACUAUGGUGUCCAUGCCUGCGAGGGCUGUAAGGGUUUCUUCAGACGCACGAUCAGGUUAAAGUUGGUGUACGAUCACUGUGACCUUCACUGUCGCAUUCACAAGAAGUCCCGUAACAAAUGCCAAUACUGUCGCUUCCAGAAGUGCCUUCACGUCGGCAUGUCGCACAACGCAAUUCGUUUUGGCCGAAUGCCUCAAGCAGAGAAGGAGAAACUGCUGGCUGAGUUCUCGUCUGACAUGGAACACAUGCACCCGGAGGCAGCUGAUCUGAGGGCUCUGGCCCGGCAUCUGUACGAGGCCUAUCUGAAAUACUUCCCCCUCACCAAGGCCAAGGCAAGGGCCAUCCUCUCUGGGAAAACCGGAGACAAUGUGCCUUUUGUCAUCCAUGACAUGAAGUCUCUAAUGGAAGGAGAGCAGUUUAUUAAUUGCAGUCAGAUUCCCAUCCAGGAGCACCAACAGCAGGCCACUGUUCUUACAGCGGGACACGGAGGGAUCACAGAAGUUCAAAUGGCGUCAGAGUGCGGCCUUUUGGAAACAACGAGCAUCAGUGGACAUGGGUUGACGGACGCCGUGGAGCUACGUUUCUUCUACAGCUGUCAGUCACGCUCAGCCGAAGCAGUGAGAGAAGUCACAGAGUUCGCCAAGAGUAUCCCAGGAUUCACUGACCUGGAUCUGAACGAUCAGGUAACUUUGCUGAAGUAUGGUGUGAUAGAAGUCUUGAUCAUAAUGAUGGCUCCUCUGAUGAACAAAGACGGGACCCUCAUCUCCUACGGACAGAUCUUCAUGACGCGGGAGUUCCUCAAGAGUCUCAGAAAACCGUUCUGUCAAAUGAUGGAGCCCAAGUUUGAGUUUUCCGUCAAGUUCAACACGCUGGAGCUGGACGACAGCGACAUGGCACUGUUCCUGGCAGUUAUAAUCCUCAGCGGAGACCGUCCAGGCCUCCUGAAUGUGAAGCCCAUCGAGCAGCUCCAGGAGACGGUGCUUCAUUCGCUGGAGCUGCGGCUGAAGCUGAACCACCCGGACUCGCUGCAGCUGUUCGCCAAGCUGCUCCAGAAGAUGACCGACCUGCGUCAGAUCGUCACGGACCACGUUCACUUCAUGCAGCUGCUGAAGAAGACCGAGGUGGACAUGUGCUUACACCCGCUGCUGCAGGAGAUCAUGAAGGACUUGUAUUAGAAUUCACCAGGAGAGAAAAAAAGGACAAAAGUUGCAAAUAUAAAAAAAAAUGACCAAAAAAAUAGAUUUUAUUUUAAAGAAAUUGAAUUGAGGGGCCACACGGCGAUGUAGUGGCGAGCACUGUUGCCUUAGAGCAAAAAAAAGACCUGGGUUUGUGACCCCCGGUCAGACCAAGAGAUCUUCUUUCUGUGUGUGUGUGUGUGUGUGUGUGUGUGUGUUUUCUAUGGGUACUUCGGUUUCCUUCCACAGUCCAAAAACAUGCCGAGGUUAAUUGGGCACUCUAAAUCGACUGUAGGGGUUUGAUAUGAAAGUGAAUGGUUAUUUGUCUGCGGAGGAUGGAGCAGGAGACGUCUAAUGAAUGAAUGAAUGAAUGAAUGCAAGCAAUAAUGAGUAGAAACAGUGUGUUAAAAAAUAAAGGGUUGACUGACUAAAACUAAGAAAGAGACGAGCGUGGAAUGAGAAAUCAAGGGAAGACGGAAUGUGAGUACUAGAUCGAGACGGCAACAUGUGAAUAGAUUGCAGUCAUUUAGCCACCGCUGAGCCUGGAGACAUUUUCAUGUUUAAGUUGUGCUGCCAACUUAAACACAACGCUGUCGGCAGGCUCGCGUAUCGAGCGUUUGAAUGCUCGGCCGCAGCCUGCCCCUUCACGUGCCUUAAGGGAGAAAAGUAUUAACUGUGAAUAUUUAGUGUCACACAGGACGGCAUGUGUCGUUCAGGAGCAUCUUAUCUACAUGUCGCUCUCCACCUGUCAUAGGCUGCACCUGUGUGUGUGUGUGUGUGUGUGUGCUUCUGUAACUCAGCACACAGACAGACAGACAAUGCACAGACGUUUUUGUUUUGUUUUGACGGUGCUAUCUCUUCUAAAUCAGCUUUAUCCAAAGACACAAAUCUGAUUAACGCCCUGUAACAUAUUUCAUCCUCAGCCGCCUGUGAACUGUGAGAAAGUGUGACGUAAACAUAAAAGGGCACGUUACCAAUGAAUAUGAAAGACUAUUAUGCUGCAUUUAUGCCUUACAGAUUCAAUUAUACACAUUAUACUGUAUAAUAUCUGUUCACUCGUAUUGUUUUCAUACAGAUUUGCCAAAAGCAAUUGGUUUCUCGGCUUCAGUUGUUUUGUUUUAAAUUGUAUAAAACUGAGUCAUAAUUUCUAUGAUGGAAUUAUAUUGUAUUAACGUAAAGUGUAACUAUGUCUGAUCAAUCUUAUGUGUUUG